AUGGAUCUGGUCAACAAUUACGGUUCGAGCGACGAAGAGGAUCACCAAGAGACGGUUGGCACGAUGACCAAGAGCUCCAUCCAGAUAAAUGCCACCCCAGACGCAGGCUUUGAUAACAAUUCGGUUGGCAUCUACACUGCACCAACAGCAACAGAGCUUACAGUCAAUGUACCAUACGAUGAUAUGAUGCGCCCCGUGUAUGGUCCCGAGAAUCCUCAUCGCGAUCCUAGACUUGCAACGCAAAACAUCUUGACGGGCCAUGUUGAGCAGCAGGCUAUAUCUGAAUCAGACUUUCGAACACAAAUGCGUACCUUUGAGACGUAUGGUUUUGCACGUGAUCCAUCCCUUGGCAGCAACAAUCUUGCAGGACAAACAGGACAAGGCGUGAUGGGAACUGGUUAUGUGGGCAAUCUUGCAGCAGCAGCAGAAUUGGGCGGUGUCAGCAUCUAUGACAGCAUCCCCAAAGCCAUGCGACCCAAUCAAGGAGCAAAAAAGAAACGUAUGGCAAAGGGUGAUUUAUCAGUGGUGGAUGGCGAGAAUGCAUACAAAGGACCAUGGGCUGGAUACAAUGACGACAAGACUUUGCCUGUUCAAGCUGAAUCAGAGGAACAAGAGACAGCAAAGGAGGAACAAGUGGAAACGGGCAAGGAGGAAGCAGCAGCAGCAACAACAACAACAACAGAAGGUGGUGAGAUGGCAUUGACGGCAGCUGACAAGCGCAAAAAGAUGAUGGAGCCUGGCAACGAGAAGAGCAUCUUUCAUGGUGAAUCCGAAUUUGAUUAUCUUGGUCGGACAUACAUGGCUGUUCCUCAAGACACUGAUGUCAACCUACUUGGUGAAGCUGGCACACAGGAAUGCUUUAUACCCAAACGGUGCAUUCAUACAUGGGCUGGUCAUGCCAAAGGUGUCUCGGCCAUUCGCUUCUUGCCUAAGUCAGCUCAUCUCUUGCUUAGUGCUGGUAUGGAUAAUAAGAUCAAGAUUUGGGAUGUAUAUCACAACAGAGAUUUACUACGCACCAUGAUUGGACACGGCAAAGCUGUACGUGACAUUGCAUUCAGCAACGAUGGUCGAAGAUUUCUCAGUGCAAGUUAUGAUCGAUACGUUAAACUAUGGGAUACAGAGACUGGUCAAUGCAUUCGAUCAUUUAGCACAGGCAAGGUGCCUUACUGUGUGACGUUCAAUCCGGAUGAGGACAAGCAAAACAUCUUUUUGGCGGGUUGUUCAGACAAGAAGAUUGUACAAUUCGAUGCCAACACUGGUGAGAUUACUCAAGAAUACGAUCAGCAUUUGGGUGCAGUCAACACAAUUACCUUUGUCGAUGACAAUCGGCGAUUCAUUACUACAUCCGAUGAUAAGACGAUGCGUGCCUGGGAAUAUGAUAUCCCUGUUGUCAUCAAGUACAUUGCCGAACCGGAUAUGCAUUCCAUGCCUGCUGUAACACUUCAUCCUAGCAAUAAAUGGUUGGCUUGUCAAUCACUGGAUAACCAAAUUGUUGUAUAUGGUGCUCGUGAUCGAUUCCGUAUGAACCGCAAGAAACGUUUUGCAGGCCAUUUGAUUGCCGGUUAUGCAUGCAAACCAGGCUUUUCACCAGACGGCCGUUUCAUUAGCAGUGGUGACUCCAAUGGCAAUGUGUGGACCUGGGAUUGGAAGACAUGCAGGAUAUUGAAAAAGUUCAAAGCACACGACAAGGUGGUCAUGAAUACAGAAUGGCAUCCUCAUGAGACAUCAAAGAUGGCAACAUGCUCUUGGGAUGGUUUGAUCAAGUAUUGGGAUUAG